GAAUUAAGUUAUAAUCCCUCACCGAUAUACUUCGAGAAAUUUUUUAAUCAUGCAUGAUGCAUUUUGGGUGGGUCACGUGACCAAGCAAGAGUUCUUUCCCCGCGAAGUAAAAAUGUGGUUAGAUGAAAAUGAAGUAACAAAAAAGAGUGGAAUAUACCGGUAAACGCGAACAGGAGAGGGCUUAAUGCAGUUCAUUUUACGUGCUUUAGCUGGGAGCAGUAGAUUUAAUCGAGAAAAUGAAGAGAGGAAGGGGACGCCCGCCUAAAAAUCAGGCUCAAAGCUCAAAAUCGCCAAAUCUCUCGAGUGCAAGCAGCCAACAUGGCGGACAGCGCAGUCCGCGUGUCUCUUCUUCUAUGGCCAUUAAAACUCGAGGUUAUAGCGGAACAACACCACGUAAAUACUACGGGAUGGAAUCUUCAGAUUCUGAUAGCGACAAUGAAUCUAUUUCUAGUCAUGGAUCUUCCAUUUCAAACACUACUAGCCCUAAAACUCGUUAUGUCGAGCCCUUGAGAGUGGUAACUCCUCUCACUUUACCACUAUCAUCUGACGAUCUUUUGAUCGAGCCAGAGUCUAUUUUGCAAGCGCUAGGGAUUUACGAGAUUUUAAGACAUUUUAGUCGUAUUAUACGACUCUCCCCCUUCAGGUUUGAAGACUUUUGCGGGGCAAUCCAAACUCCAGAACAAUCUUCGUUACUUGCACAAAUUCACAUCGCUCUACUACGUUUUCUGUUGUCUGAGGAUGAUGCGAGCGGGUUGACAUUCGUGGCAACCGACGAAAAAGACAGCUUCAACAUUCUCUCCUACUACCUGGGUGGCUUUACUUGGCCUGAACUUAUUAAAAGCUACAUCUCGUCGGAUAAGAGCGAAUUUGGAGACAUAUUUACGGCUGUAAAUGGACAUGACGAGAAUCCGUUCCCGUUUACAACAGUCGAGAAUAGAUUGAAGGUUCUCCAGCGACUUUGCGAUCAAUUCUUGGCCUCCAAUUCAGUCAGAUAGGACAUAAUGAAUGAAGGAAUAGUGGAAUCGGAGGAUCAUUGUCGCAAUUGCUGCAAAAUGGGCGAUUUACUGUGUUGUGAAAGCUGUCCUGCAGUUUACCAUCUUCAUUGCUUGAAGCCGCCGUUGGAAGUGGUUCCUGAAGGCGAUUGGCUGUGUCCCGUAUGCGAGGCUCACCAACUUAAAGGUGUCACGGACUGUCUACCUGAUUGGAACAGAGAAGGAUGGCUAAGAAACGCCCCUUUAGGGGUAGACAGGGAAGGAAGAAAGUACUGGUUCUUGGCCAGACGUUUGUUCGUAGAAGGUUGUGACGAGACACUCUACUACAGCUGCAAAGCUCACCUGGAUGAACUGUUGAGCUUUCUGGAAGAGGAUGGAAAGGAGAAAAGGCUGAUUUCUGUUCUUAGGAUCAAGUACAAAACCAUGGUGAAACACAUGGAAAUGACAGAAGCUCUUACAGAGGCUUCAAGAGGAAAUCUUCCCUCUGGUCUCACCAAAAGAAGACAAAGACGAAUGAAAGAAGAAGUAAAGACAACUUCACCUGUAAAAGAGGAAAAAGACCAGGAGAAUGAUGGAGAGUUGGAAGACUCAAAGGAAAAACUUUCUUCUGCAGAAUUACAACAACAAGUUGCAGAUCCAGUGGUAGACAGUGGUGCACCUUCAUCAUCAAAGCCUCUUCCAGCAUCAGCCACCCUCACAUUCAUCCCAGACAAUGAAGUGAAAAAGAUUGUCACCAUGCCUCAGGUUGAGAAUAACAAUAUUCCUGGAGUAGAUAAAAAGAUGGUGCUGAGGGACAGAAGAACAACAAGCCAAGAAGGUCCUUUCAGUAGGAAAAGGCCUGCAUUGCCUUCCUCUGAAGCAGAAGAAGACAAAAGUAUUGUAGCUACUGGUGCUGGUCCUGAGGAGUUCAUGUCUACUACAAUUUCAGCUGGUAUUGAUACUGGUUUAGAUGGUGGUGAAGAAAAGGACAGUUUAAAUGUGUCAGCUCUUGGUGAAUCUUUGAAGGAAACAAAAGUGUCAAGAGCACCUGAAAACAGUGUGAAGAAGGAAGAAAGUGAGUUGUCUGGCUUAUUUGAAGGUAGCACUUUGUCAGAAAGAACUUCCGGUGAUAAAAUGGAAGCCGAGAAAUGUUCAUUAAACGACCACAUUUCUGAAUCUGAUGCGAAACCUAAGAUGGGCAAGAGUCAGAAUGAGAUAAGUUCACAAACAGCAAAUGGUAGCAAGACUCUAUCUGUGAGUAGUAAAUCAGUUGAGAAGGACACAAAGCAUGCUGUAGUAUCCUCUGCUGCUCACCAGACAAAAUCAAGCGCUGCAGAUGAUGCAGUCACUACUGUUCAACAAACUAAGCCAGAACCAGUAUUUAGGCUUGGCUCAGAAGCAAAUUACUCCUCCUACAUCAAUCAGUUUACAGUUAAUCCCCUAGCACUAACCAAACAACAGCAGUUGGAGCAAAGAGAUAAAAAGCGCAGUGUCUCAAACAAAUUUAGUCUUGUUGACUAUAAGUGGCAUGGGGAUGUUUGUGGAAGAAAAGAUGUCAUUUUGAACACUUUGCGGUUUUCCAUAGUUGGUCUUGAAAAUUCCAUAGCUUCAACCUUCAUGCAUCCUUCGUGGCCAGUGCAGCGUUCCUCCUGGGUGAGAGCAGUCCAUUUGUCAAAGACACCUAAAGAGUUUGCUGCAGCUCUGUCUUUUCUGGAGAGCUCAAUUCGACCAAUCUGUUAUCUUCCUGUGUGGAAUGAUGCAGUUGGCCAUGUGGAGCUGUAUCGUAUGGUGUCUGAAGCCAAGCAGGCUGGAACCAAAAAGAAAGAUCACAAGGAAGAAGAAGACGAGCCUGAGCCAGAACAUAAAGGAUUUGUGAAUUACACAUGGGUGCCACACCACCAAGUUUGGAAACAGAAAGGUGAAGAAUACAGACUGUUUGGAGGAGGUGGCUGGGUGUGGACUAGUGGUUUACAACUGCGGAAACGGAAACGUCCGAGUAAUGCUACGGACAGCUUUGUUAACAAAAAACGAAGACUCUUGGACACUACCAAUAAAAUUGUAGCAUUUAAAGAAGCCAAAAGGAAGGAAGCAGCGAAAAAAGAAGCGGAGAGGGUUGUUAGGGUCGCUGCACGAACAUCCUCUUCUCAAGCUACGCCUUUGUCAGUAGAGAAAACUGCAAGAGCUCCUCAAACAGCAGCGACUGGUACGACAACCCUUGUUGCUGCACCAGUACAAACGCAGACUGCAGUUACCUCAUCAUCUGGUUCUUUCUCACCAUCAACAGCUCCUCGGACAGCUCAGUCUACCACAGUUACCACCGCUACAAAGCCAAUACAGAAUCUUGUCUCUGUUCAACUUGGAGCUCCUUCGACCUCUUCAACUCAAGGAACAUCAACAGCUCUUCGAAUGGUCCAACCUGUUACUACUAUAGCUUGUACAACGCCAGCACAGACUCCUGUCACACUUCAAAAUGGCGCCACGUUAACAUCUUCCACUUCAAUUCAAUCAGCUGGUCUUCAAAUGUGCCAAGCUACAACAACAACUACCGUUACUCCAGUCAUGGCUCAAAGUGGUAUCACAUCAACACGCGCAACCUCACCACAACCAUCUGAGCAAAAUGUCUCGAAACAGACCUUGGCAUCCUCUUUUCCUUCUCUCAAUACUUCUAGUACUUCAAUGCUCAACGCUGCCGUGUCUUCUACAACGUCUUGUAAUCUUUCUAAGGUUAUUUCACAGACUGAUAGCCUGAAAACUUCUUCUCAUCAACUGUCAGUUAGGCUGUCGACAUCGCCAUCAUUAACAGUAGCUGAACCGGUCUCUUCUCUUACUUCAUGUGAAGAAACUACUUUUUCGAAUAAAUUACCUCACUCUGAAGUUAGAAGCUCUAGUUCAUUGUCACAAGAAGCUUCCUUGUCCCCUCAAACUCCUUUUAAUAGUUCUACUCUUCCAUCGUCCACACUUCCAUCAGAGACGCCCUCUUCAAUCCCACAGCCACAUGGGCAGAUCCCUUCAAGUACAACCUCAUCCAAUCCACUGGUUGUCUCAUCCAAUUGUUGCGAUCUUCCCUCUUCACUUGCACAAUCUUUUUCAACCUCCUCGGCUCAAGGUUCUCAGACAAUUAAUUCCGUUAGUGAAUGCUCAGCUCUACCACAGCCAUCAACUCCACCCAACUGUGUCUCCACCGAGGCAGCCAUUGUAGUGUCUCGGGUUCCACCUACUACUAUGUUAAAGGAUUCCUUACCAAGUCUGGAUUCACCACCUUCACCAAGUGCUCCAAACACAACUGGGGACAAUAAUAAUCAUCAUCAAUCACUAAGAGACGAACGUAAACCUAAUGUUAAUGAUGACAAAACUGGUGAUCACGCAAAACGUCUAGGAAGCGCCGAAAUGGACGUGCCAGGGUCUUUAUCCAAUCCUUCUUCAGAUAUUUCUAGUGAUGUUGGUAUAGUACCCGUGAGACACGCCAUGCCUUGUCAGACGAAUAAAGAUCAGAUGUAUGCCAGUUCAUAUGAACCUUGUCUUACAAAUGUUGUAAGCGAUAAAGCACUCGACCGAUUUCGUGAUUCCUUUGUAGCUAGUCAAACCACCUCUCCUGUUCAGCAAAAUUCUGUGGAAGCUACUGUUGAAAUGGAUUCUUCGCCUUGCGCCCCUCUUACUGGAGAAGCAUCUGAGAGUAGUAACUUUAGUACAAACUGUUCACCGACGAGCGCUGCUGAUGUGGACGCUGCUUUAAUCUCGGAGAGAAUAACACAUUCUCAGGAUCAUAUACCAAAUUCUGUGAAACAGGAUAGUUCUUUGUCUAAUUUGGAGUCGCAUUGGAUUACUCAAGAAUUGUCUAGCCCUGUUAAAGAUUCAGACACUUUCGAGAAUAAAACGAAGCAUGGAUUGUCUGAUCAGGGAAGAAUAAAAGAUACGUCGUGUGCCCUUGAGAAUAAACCAGUUGAUACUACGCAAGGAACUGAAGUUUUAUCAACACAUUUAGCAGAUGCUCUGCAUGAACAAGAAUCCAUAGAUAUUGUUAAGGAGAACAUGCUGAACGGGGCACAAAAUUUGGCGGCCCGAAAAGGUAUAUCUCUGACAUCAAUGGAUAACAGUUCCCCAAAGGACGCACAGAUGGAAUAUACUAUUGAAAAAGUGCAGUCUAUAGAAGAUAGUGUGUCAGUUGAGGGUCAAGGCAAUACUUCAGCGAAGAACGAUUUGAGUAGCCACGAGGUUUCCUCAACUAAUGAUGAUUUACUUGACUGUCAAAGGGGACAUUCAACGUCCUCAGAAAAAUUUAUGUCAAAAGAAGGACUAAUCAAGGAUUGUAAAAAUGAACUUCCAGCAAUGCAGAAGACAGCCGUUGUUUGUCUUAGCAACAAAGAGACAAAUUGUGCAAGUGGGCUGUCGCUGGGAAGUCAAACCUCUAAUGUCUUUGUCAAUGAGCUUCUAGCACAAGACAGUGACACAAAAGAAAUCAAAGAAGGAAAUGGAUUAUCAACUGUGACUGAAAAGAAAACAGAUGUUAAACUCAAUCCAAAUACUACCUUAGAAGGUAGUUUAAAGGGUUCAGAUGCAAAUGUCAGCGAAAUUCCCGCGCGUGAGGAGGUUCGCUUUACGGCAAACGAUAAUUUGAUACUUAACAAAGGGGACAAUCUUUUACACUUGGAAAGCAAUAAAUCGUAUACCACUUGUAAUGUCUAUGAAGAGGCCUCGUUGAAUGAUGAUAUGACAAGUACUGUCACUUCACCAAGAGAUAAAAUUGACGAGGUUACUUCUAAAACGUCUUGUUCGGAAUUAACUAGAACUUUGGAAAUGGAAUCCUUAAUUUCGCUUGAUUGCGCCAGUAAACGCGAACAGACUUCUGGAGUAACUGAAGCCUCUGAAGGCAAUAGAAAUCAAAUGGACACUAAACAGAGUACAAUGCGCUAUGAUCAUUCAGCCAGUACUAGAAACGAGAGCAGUGAGGGAAUUGAUACAAUUGUAACGACCAGUCAUGCUCCAGCAGUUUCUCAAGGGACUGAGGAGUCUCAGUCGUUGACGUAUGCAAAGGAUAAUAACUCCAUAAACUCUGAAGCCUCGCCCAGUUGCACUAAGAUUGAUAAUGUGGAUCCUGAAAAGAGCUGCGUCUCCGCAGCGGAACCCAUGGACCGUGAUGCGACUAACCUCUCGUUGACACAAAUCUCUUGUGAAGGUUCAUUACCUCCGUCGAGUACCGGCGAGACUAAAGAGCAACCUAUGGAUAUUGAUGUUACCUCAGAGUCAUCUUCUGUAACAUCUUCAGUAACAGCACCUUUGACUGGCAUUGUUUUAUCAAAAAAUACAGGCCCUGGUUCUCAAUCUGUAUCGUGUACAGAAAAGGCAAUGAACUCUACUUCAUCUACCAAUCAAGAAUCCUCAGUUAAGGACGACGUUGCAGCCAAAAUGAACAUGGAGGGUCUUCCAGGCACUGUAACGACCGAUUUAUGCUCAACAGCAGCCUCACCCUCAGCGACUCCAUCAGCUGCAACAGACACGACAGGGGCGCAAUUCCUAGAUAUUAGAACUCAAGUGAGUUGUUCCUUACCUUCGACGACAUCAAGUGUUGUUGUUCCAACAACGUCUCCACCUCCAUCGAUUACACAACAAACUCAGGUUUUGAUAAGUGCUGUAACCACCGCCAGUCAGUGUUCAUCUUCAGGGACUCCUGCAGCACCAGCUGUACAACCGGCAGCUGUAGUAAGUGUUAAAACAACAACCUCAUUGACUACGCAACCUGCACCCUCAGCUGUGUCAUCUUCUACAGCCUUCCUAAGCCCCCGAGUAGUCGUUGGAGGUACUCAAGGCAUCGCGUUGGGACAAUCUCCUGUGGUACCUUCGAUCCAGUCAGUUCCAGUCAAAGCAGUGGCUGCAUCAACCCCAGUGUUCACAACAGCAAUUACCAGAGGCAUUGCUUCACCGAAAACAGCCAUUGCUGUUCGACCCCAAGGGCAGGGAAGCCAAUAUAUACCAAUAGGACCUAAGCCCAUUCUCCCUUCUCCGAGGCCACCUGUUAUUGCUCCAGGUGUCCAAGGAUCCAAUGUGGUAAGAAUCAGCACCCAGCCUGCAGCUGCCUCGAGGCAGCAGACUAACCUGGCUCCAGUGAAUAGCAUAGCUGCAUUGGUAGCGAGCAUCCCAACAUCUGGUGCAACCAUUGGACCAACACAGCUUAUUAAGCUGGUUACCCCGGAUGGUAAGACAUUAACCCUGCAGGGUUCACAGCUGGCUGCUAUUGCUCAGCAGGCAGCGUCUCCAAUGGGGCUUGCUGUACCGAAGACGAUAACAGUACAAGUUGCAGCAAGUGCCGUGCAGAAGAAUCAAUCUACAACUGUCCAAAAGACGAUCGGCGUCAAGACACCAGGCGCCACCAUUACUGUACAGAGAACACAACCACAAGUUGCACAAGCAAAACCUCAAGUUGUCGUCACCGCAAAGGCUCCUCCACCCAAACCUGUGAAAGAGGAAAAGUUCCCAUCUUUAGAACCGCUUAUCAAAGAUCCUCGUGCACUUUUGAACCGCAGGCUAGCCAAGUGGCCGUUGCGGCACUCGGUGAAGAGCGUGUUUGCACUUCAAAAACACGAACGUCGAAAACUCGGUAGGAAAGCUGGAAUGAAAGAGGUCAGUGGAUUUUCUUACACGUCACGGGCUGUUGUGAAACACUGGCCUGCAGGAAUACCUCGUCCUUCUUUCAAGGUGGCAUGGCGCUUCCGUACCCAGAGUUUAAAGACACUCGCUGGUGCAGGGCUCCAGCUCAGGAUUUUGCAGUCCUGUUUGAAAUGGGAAGAGAUGAAUAUCCGGCCGCCUCGCGGGAAUAGCAACACUGUGUACACAAGCUCGGGCACAACGACAACAGAGAUUACAGACAGAAAAUUCGUUUCCCUGGAUGGUCUCUGCUGCAAGUAUCUCGUGCGUAAAACCGUACGUACUCUAACCAAACCUGUAGUAGAACCGCCUCGUCCGGCCCCCACCAAGAGCAAGAGAGGUCGAACGCUGAGGCCUAAGAUUGUCCUACAGCCUGAUGAUGAGGAAGAGGCCUCGGUCCCGUCCGGGCCACGCAUCUUGGAGGCUUGGUACCCAGAGGCAAAACUAGAACUGUGGGAGAUACGCCAAUAUCACGAGCGAAUCGACCGUGAGAGAGCCCUGGAACGAGAAAAGAAGGAACAGGAGGAAGCCAUCCGUAGGGCAGCGGAAAUACGCGCCGCUGCGCUUCAGCGGAAACAACAAGAACAGCAGGCGCGGCAGCAACAGCAGCAUCUGCUGAAGAUGAAUAAGAAAAAAGUUCAGAACGCCAUCAAGACGCAGCAACGAAAGGGGACUGGUAACAAACCCACUGUUGUUAAUCAGCCUGUUACUUUUAAGCCUGCUGUAACUCCACCGGUACCUCUUGGGGCUAUACGUCGGACUCUACCCGUCGUGCGCCCCGCUGUUCCUAAGCCCAUAGGGAUCCAAUCCUUGGGGUUAAAACCACAGAUUGUACCACGGCCCAUGGUUGCCAACUCAGCGCAGUCUGUGCAGCGGUUACAGCCCAAACCACAGGUUUCUCAGCGUGUAUAUACUCCUGUGAUUCCAAGUAACGCGUCACGUGCGACUGGGACUCCUGUUCAAGGUGGAGUAACGAGUAACGCAGUAACUCGCCCUGCCCCAGUAAUAGCCUCGUCUACAGUUGGUGCAGUCCGGUCCAAUCCUAUGGCAACAUCCCGGAUGAAGCAUUCGUCAAAAGAUCAGGUCAAGCAGACGGUCAAGACGAAAUCACGCAAGUCGGGAGGGGUUGCUCCUUUGUUGCAUCAUAAGAAGUAUGUGACGUUGGAAUCGAGACAAGACAUGAAUAGACAUGCCAUUUGUCGAAAAGUUCUUGAUGGCAUUUUGGAUAAGAUUGAUCGCAAUGAAGAUGCCGAACGCAAAAAAGAAGAGAAAAAACGCGCAAAGGAAGAAAACCAGGCACUUAGGUUGGAACGUCAGAAAGCAAACAAACUCAGUGUUUUACUUCAGAAGCGAAAAGAGGUGCUCAAACGGGAACUGAUGCGUAAAAGAGACCUCCUCGAGAGAGAUCUUAUUUUGGAGCUUCGGCAGCAACAGCAGACCAAUAAGAACAAACGGAAGCAAGGGGCCACAGACAGAAGGAACUCGCAGAGUACACCAGAGGGGCCCAAGGCCAAGAAGAAGAAAAUUGAAGAUGAACGACUCUUUUGCAUUUGCAAGAAACCCUACGACCCAACUCAAUUUUAUAUUGGUUGUGACAUGUGUGCAAACUGGUUUCACGGGAGCUGUGUCCAGAUCUCUCCAGACGCUGCACAAAGUAUGGAUGAGUGGACCUGUGCCGAGUGUGCCCAGGCUCGCCGUGGAGUGGAGGAGGAAGAACUUUAUUGCUUGUGUCGCCAGCCAUAUGACGAGAAAAAGUUCUAUAUCGGCUGUGAUAAAUGUCAGGACUGGUUUCACGGAGCAUGCGUUGGAAUCACACCUGUUGAUGCUGAAAAUAUCGAGUAUUACACUUGCCCGCGAUGCACACAGUCCCAGGCUCAAGCGAACAAGCAGCCGCUUACCGGAAAAGACUACGACUCGCUUAAAGGAUUGCUGAGAUCGCUACGGAGUCAUAAAAUGGCGUGGCCGUUCCUAGAAGGUGUCAAUCCAGACGAGGUUCCCGAAUACUAUGAGGUCAUCACUGAUCCAAUAGACUUGUCCAAAGUCGAGGAACGUCUAAAUUCCAAGUCUUACGCGUGCCUGGAAUCAUUCGUUAGCGAUGUAACCAAGAUUUUUGACAAUUGCCGUUACUUCAACCAGAGAGAUUCACCGUACUACCGCUGUGCUGAAGUAUUGGAGAGCUUCUUCGUGCAAAAACUACGUGCAUUAAAAACCAGAAAAUAAGUUAAACUGGUAUCUAAAGUUGACAAAGAUGGCCUAGAAGAUUAGUCUUCCUGACCUGGCAAACGGAAGAAAAGUUAGCUACACACCUUGUCCUAUAAGUCGCAUAACCAGUUCAGAAACUUUAGACUUUGUCAAAAAAGAAAAAAAAGAAACCGUGUUUGUAACAAAAAAUAUUAUGUAUUAGCUGAACUUGCCUUUUUUUACAGUGUGACGGAGCCACUGAAGGAGUAAGUUUAGACAUAGUGUUAUAACCAGUGAGGUUUGUAAACGUUGUGGAAGCCAUGUAUCUGAUUGGUAAUUGUGUAAGCCAGUUACAUUACCAAACGCUCACUUUCCUUGUAGAGAUCGAUCAUGAGAUGUAAGUUAUAGUGUGGAGUUAAGAGAAGAAUUACCUUGGCGAAAAACUAUUAUUAUGGAAGGGGAAAUAGAUUAGUUAGGUGGCUUUUCGCCGUGUCAUAGACUUAUUAAAUUAAAAGGAAACUGAAGUGUUAGUAAUUAACGUUGUCAUAGUGGUUUUGGUUCACUGUCAGGAGGCAAACCGUGUAGAUAAACCAUCAUCUAUUAAACAUUUUGUAAUCA